AUGGAUUAUAGCAGUGAAGAAGAGUUUGACAAUUAUAUCCACGAUCGAUUAGUCGAACAAAGAACAAUAACAACAAGAAAAGUAAUACGGGACUUUCAAAAUCCUUUCGAUUUCUACAGCUCGGAGGAAUUCCGAAGACGAUAUAGAUUUUCAAAAGACAUCGUUCAUAGUGUCAUUCUGCCAAUGGUUACAGAUAGUGAUUUAUUGACUAGAAGAGGCUUACCAGUACCCCCAAUAUAUCAGCUGAUAGUAACAUUGAGAUUCUACGCUACUGGUAAUUUUCAGAUGGUUACAGGAGACCUUAUACAACUGAGCCAACCCACAGUGUCAAGAAUUGUGAAGAAAGUCUCUCGGUUAAUUUGUUUCAAAAUUAGACAAUUUAUAAAAUUCCCAUCAAAUUUAGAAAUGAUUAAACAGCAAUUUUAUGGUAUUUCACAUUUUCCGGGAAUUAUUGGUGCAGUUGAUGGCACUCACAUACCAAUUCAAAAUCCUGGUGGACCUCAUGCAGAAGUAUACAGAAAUCGAAAAAAAUUUUUCUCAAUUAACACACAAAUAGUAUGUGGGCCUUAUUUAGAAAUUUAUGAUAUUGUAGCUGAUAGACCUGGAUCUGUUCAUGAUAACAGAAUUUUUCAAGAUUCUCUACUUAAAAGAAAAUUCGAGGAAGGUACUCUGGAUGGAAUACUCCUAGGUGACAGUGGUUAUAGUUGCCAAACAUAUUUGUUAACGCCAGUGCUCCAGACAGAGACAAUACAUGAGGAAAAUUAUAAUAAAGCUCACAUCAAAACAAGAAAUACAGUGGAAAGAACCAUUGGGGUCUGGAAAAGAAUCUUUCCAUGUCUGUCAAAGAAGAUGGCAACAAAUUUAACUACUACGUGCCAUAUCAUAGUAGCUACUGCUAUACUUUAUAAUAUUUUAAGACACUAUGGCAUUCCUGAAAUUAUUGGCGAAGAAAGAAAUUACCAGCAUCUAAACCAUGGAACUCAAAGAAGAGAAGAAUCUUCAUCAGGACUUUUAUUUAGAAGGAUGUUCAUAAUACGUCAUUUCUAG